AUGCGUGAGCACGUAGAACGUCACGUAACAAUUGCCGAUCCCCUGCCAGAUGCUUGCAAUGGUUUAACAUCAGUACGUAAUGAUCUUAGCAAUAGUGGUUCUGCAGCUCCACCUCUCCCUUUACACCGACCUAUGCGUACUAUUUCGGGCUCAAAAUCCGAAGAUCAUCUUAUUACAACAGAAAGUGGACGUCGUAUAUAUACGAAAGGUCGUCCACCGUGGUAUGACCGAGAAGGAAAAAUUUUGAAACAACCAUAUGUGGUCGGCAUCUGCGGCGGCUCAGCUUCUGGCAAAACUACUGUUGCCAGACGAAUAAUUGAGCGAUUGGAAAUGCCCUGGGUUACCGUUUUAUCCAUGGAUUCUUUUUACAAAGUGCUGACAGAUGGACAGCAUCAUCUCGCGGCAAAAAGUGAGUAUAAUUUCGAUCACCCACAGGCUUUCGACUUUGAUUUAAUGUGCGAAACUGUUCGACGUCUUCGGGAAGGUAAAAAUGUUGAGGUUCCAGUUUAUGAUUUCACUACUCACCGACGUGACAAACAACCAAAAUUAAUGUAUGGCGCCGAUAUACUCAUUUUCGAAGGCAUUUUAGCUUUCCAUAACAAGGAAUUGGUUGAUUUAUUGGAUAUGAAAGUAUUUGUGGAUACCGAUCCGGAUAUACGGCUAGCACGAAGACUGGAAAGAGACAUCCAGGAUCGUGGACGAGAUCUUCCAGGUGUUUUAACCCAAUAUUUGCGGUUCGUAAAACCGGCCUUUGAUACGUUCAUAGCACCUGGUAUGAAGAUUGCAGACAUUAUUGUACCACGAGGUGGUGAAAAUGAAGUAGCCAUAGACCUUAUUGUUAAGCAAGUAAAAACUCAGCUCGCUGAAAGAGGUUAUGAUGCAUCGAAGAAUCCUUAUUCUCAGCGUGCAGGGAUGGUACAAAAGGAUUUACCGUUACAGUUGCCACGUACGUUAACAGUUGUGUCACAAACACCACAAGUUCGUGGCUUACAUACAUUUAUAAGAGAUCGUAAGACUCCAAGAGAUGAAUUCAAUUUCUAUUCUAAUCGGCUAAUGCGAAUACUGAUUGAAAAUGCUAUGAAUUUUAUGCGAUUCGAGGAUGCGACAGUUACUACACCAACUAUGGAAAAAUUCGUUGGUAAACGGAAUACUGCACAGAUAUGCGGUGUUACAAUUAUGCGUGCGGGUGAAACAAUGGAACAUGCAUUGAGAGCUGUUGUAAAGGAUUGCAAAAUGGGAAAAAUUUUGAUACAAACCAAUGAGAAAACCAUGGAACCGGAGUUAUUCUAUCUGCGCCUACCGAAGAAUAUUCAUCAAUAUAAAGUCCUAUUGAUGGAUGCCACCGUUGCUACAGGCGCAGCGGCAAUGAUGGCUAUUCGUGUACUAUUAGAUCAUGAUGUACUUGAAGAAAAUAUUCUACUACUAUCGCUGCUUAUGGCUGGAACUGGUGUACAUUCACUUGCUUAUGCUUUUCCUAAAGUUACUUUAUUGACAACUGCUGUAGAUCCGGAUAUCAAUGAACUGUACUAUGUCAUUCCGGGAAUGGGUAAUUUUGGCGAUCGCUACUAUGGUACUGAAGCAGUAGCUGCAUGUGAUGAUUCCUCAGGUGAUGAAGAUAACAAACAGCCUUAG